GCAGGUUUCAGGAUUUCGCGUGGAAAAAACCAAAAAUUGAACGGUCAUUAUUAAUUUAUUAUAGCUAAUCAACCCUCUCCCGCCAUUUUCUUCAAGAACACCACUAUUAAUGGCUUCACUAUUUCCUAAAUCUCUCCCCCUCCACUUCAUUUCCUCAUCUACUCACCGUAAUAAUCCUAUUACUACUAAUAAUAGUCAUAAUCAGAAUUUGCUGCUGCUCCAACUGCAAGAAUGGAAAAUCAGGUCCUUCACCUUUAACAAACUUAACCAUAUCAGCUUCACGCCCACGUCUAUGCAAUUAAAGAGGAGCAAAACUUUGAUCUGUGCAGUCAGUCAAGACGCGGAGUCGUCAUUUAAAAAGACUGUUGAAGCUGAUAGGCUGAUCGAUACCCUUAAGGACGCGAGUCCAGGAGAACUUCAGAAGCUUGCGGUCCAAAAUGUCCUUGCUUCCGAUGCUAGUUUUUGGAUACGACUUGCAGCAAGAUCUGAUACCUGCAAAUCAGAGGAUGAUAAAAAAGAUUAUGAGGAAUUGGCUGGAUCGGUAAUGAGCAUUGUGGAUUCUCUUGUCCACAAGACUAAACAAAAGAUUGAGUCAGCUACUGACGUUCUUAAGUCAGUCUUAAGACCUGCUAUUGAUGAAAAGGAAGAGGUUACAUGGCCUCCUAGAGAUCCUGGGGUUCUCAAGCUAAUGGAGAAGGCAGUAGAAGAUGGGGAUAAACCUGGACUCGUGGCAAUGCUACAAAAGGUUUUACAACUCUAUGCUUCUGAGGUUCUUUCAAAACGUAGUUAUGCAAAGAGAGGAGAUGAAAUCUUGAAGGCCGAGCAGUUUCUUGAGACGAUAAUCAAAGGUUUAGACUAUCCUUUACAUUAUUCUGUUUUAGCAAAGUUAUUUAUAUUUCCGAACUUGAAUUUAUUCUCAUUGGAAAUUGGAAAUCCUUUUUUUCCCUUAAUUUUCUUACAUGUAAUCUACUUAGCUUCCUUCAUAUUUGUUAAACUUGCUGCAAACUGACUAAUAUGCUAUGUUAAGUCUCCUCACAAGUCAACAAUUUGAUCUCAGCACGUUACCUUUUCGUGUUGCAAUAUAUGGCAAUAUUUCCUGUAUGCAGUGAACAAUAAGCAAAAAGAUUAUUUUGUUAAACUCGAUGCAAUGACAUCAUAGACUUGGAUGAAAAUGACCGGUGUUGAUGCAGAUUCUCUCACGAAAGGGCAUCAAAAUCCAAACUGCCUUUGUAAUUUUAUGAUUAUACUUCAUAGUUCAAGUUCUGUCAUAAACAGCUAAGAAUUUCAGUGUGAGUUUUGGGUAUCUCCAAAUUUCCCGUCAUUCAUAGGCUGAGAAAUAAAUCAGCAAUUGUUUUAUGCCAUUAAUUCCAAAAUUAGAUCAAGAAGAUAAUUUCAGUACUAAGAUCCAAUCCAAGACUGUCAAUAUUUAUAUUUCACAAGUGAGUAAGCUGAAUAUGUGAUGGGCACUUGGGCAGUAGUGUGUUGGUUUUGGAAAUGAUAUGGAUCAUAACAGAAUUCUUAUUAUUAUGCCCAUUUUGUCUCCGGUAAUUAAUGAUGCAUUUUAAACCACUUCACCUUCUAAUGCUGUUAGACCUUAAGCCCUAGAAACAGGAUGUUCUGAAACAGUGCACAUCCAUAGUCAGGAAAUUUGACCUUGUCAAGACCAUUUAUGACCAUUUGCUGAUUUAAGGGAUGUCUCUUAACUUUGUUCUAUGCUGUUUUAAUUAGCAUAUUAGAAUUUGACCUUCGUUGCCAAUAAGAAUGGAACAAGCUUUUGAUCGAUGGCAUGACACUCGGCAAGGGAGAAAUUUCUCCUGAAGAAUUGUAUGCUGUCAUCAACAAAAGAAUUGAGCGGAUGUUGAUCAGAACAGAGGGAGGUUCUUAUGAGCAGCGCAUUCUUAGCGAAUAUCUUAAUGGUAUCCAAUCAAGAGCAGAGCAGAUUGUCCAAGUUCUUGAGGGAAAAUUAUAAUAUCAACCAGUGUGAAAUCAUAUUUCACAAGGUAUCGAAUCCACAAAUUCCCUAAGAAGUUUCUAUAUGAAUCAGAGAAAGACGAAGAAUUCGAGAGGCAAGAUGUUAUACAUUCUGUGCCGUGUUGCUGUAUUCAUAAUGUGGUAAUUAUAUCUUCUUCAGGUUGAGAAUAAAUGUAGGUUUUUCUUCUGUAACUUUAUGUUAUGAACAAAUGAUUUAGUUCAUAAAAAGUACACUUCAUAAAAGUGACACAAUGUAUUCAUUACCGAAAAUAUGAAAGUAGGAUCUAAUAAUUA